AUGUCAUCGUCCGUUCAUUUCAAAUUCAAGUCCCAAAAGGAGCCUUCGCGGGUUACCUUUGACGGUACUGGUAUUUCCGUUUUUGAACUCAAGCGAGAGAUUAUCAGCCAAAGUAGAUUGGGUGACGGAUCUGACUUCGAACUCUCUAUCUACAACGAGGACACCGGAGAAGGGUAUGACGAUGAUACGACAAUUAUUCCACGAUCAACCUCGGUGAUUGCCCGCCGAUUGCCUGCAGCUCGGCCCGGCAAAGGUGGCGCCGCUCGAUAUGUCUCCGGCAAAAUGCCCGUCAAUGCUCGCAAUGCGUCUCGCAUCGAGCCGUCAAUGACCCGCACUGCGCCUGGAGGUGCUCGUGCCGUCAACAAUAACGUCUUAGAACUAAACAAUGCACAAACGGAAGAGGAAAAGAUCAAUGCGCUCAUGAACCUGCAGGCCAGCCAAUGGAAGGAACAACAGCAAGAAAUGGCCAAUGCAACCCCUGUUCCAUUUGGACGCGGUCGAGGCAAACCCGUCAAUGUCCCCGAUCACCUUCCUCCUCCUGGCUACCUGUGCUAUCGUUGCCGAGAGAAAGGUUUGUUCAUCAACCUCCGGAUCCCCUUCCACCCUCGAUCUCAAGCUAAUCUCUUUUUUUCCAUUUUAGGUCAUUGGAUCCAGGCUUGCCCGACAAACGACGAUCCCAAGUUCGACGGCAAGUACAGAGUCAAGCGAUCCACCGGCAUCCCGCGAUCUCUCCAGCUCCUGGUAGACAAGCCAGAGUCCCUAGCACCCGAUGGAUCCACCGACGAUUCAAGAAACACAGGAGUCAUGGUAAAUGCCGAUGGAGACUUCGUCAUCGCGAAGCCUGAUAAGGCAGCCUGGGAACUUUACCAGGAAAAGGUGAAGGCAUCGGCGGCGGCUGCCGCUGAGGCUGCCGCCGCGGAGGAGAGCAAGGCCUUGCAAGCUCGAGGUCUGGAGUGCCCGAUUGACAAGCGGAUGUUUUUAGAGCCAACAAAGACACCAUGUUGUCAGAGGACCUAUUGCAAUGAUUGUAUCUCAAAUGCCUUGAUUGAAAGUGACUUUGUUUGCCCAGGAUGCUCUACAGAGGGCGUCCUUCUUGAUAACCUUAUUCCUGAUGAAGAGGCCGUUUCCAAAAUCAAAACCUACGAGGCGGAAAAGGCUGAGGCUAAGAAAGAAAAGGAAAAGCAAGCUGCUGCUAGUCAGGACGAGGUGCCAGUUAAUGAGGCGGAAACUAAGGAGUCUGCCACGGCUAGCAAAGAAAAACAAUCUACUCCUAAAACUGAGACGGAUGAUGCAUCUGCAUCUACACAGUCAAAGAAAAGGCCUGCUGAAAACGAUCUCACUCCAGAAUCGGCAAAUGCAAAUGGCAACUCCGACACUGCGGCCAAGAAACCACGCAGCGAAAACCCGACCGAUCAAUCCAGUGCCAGCGCUGAUGGCAAUGCCCAGGAUAACCCAGCCGGAGCUGCAAUUCCCCCAUUCAACGGCCAGCAGUUACCAUUCGCGGCACCAGGCAUGAUGCCCCCAUUUACAGAUCCCGGCUUCGGAAACAACGCAAUGGGUUUCAUGAACCCGAUGCCCAUGGCCAACGGAUUUCCUACUAUGGGUCCUGGUGGCUGGAACAUGCCCAAUAUGCCCAACAUGCCCUUCAACCAACCUGGCAUGUUUGGCGAUCAAUCGAACGGGUUUCCUAACAUGUUCAAUGGCGAUCCGUCCAUGGGCAUGGGAUUCCCUCCCAUGGGCCAAAUGCCCCCGAUGCCGAAUGGUGGAUUCCCGGGUCCGAAUAUGGGCAAUUUCUCUAACCAGCAACGGACUACGUUCGGUGGACCUUAUUCACACCAAGAGGACUCAGCUUAUUUCCGACAGCCGGUGAAUCCUCAGCGUCACCAAGCGAGAAAUCGCAGAGUGAGACCGAGUGAUUACCGAGAACUCUGA